UUGUAUUAUUACCCGGACACUGGCAGAAUUGCCCUCAGUAGGGCAGAAGCCAAAACCUACAUAAAUUGAAUUGUUUUGAGUGUAAAUUUAAAAGAAAUUCAACUUUGGCGAAGAUCGCCAUAAUUUUUAAAUUAUUUCUAUAAAAUUGACACUGACCCAACUCUAGUCGCCACCACUCGGGGGAAUUAUAAUAUCACUAUCUAUCGCUAUCCGCAAAGAGCAAAGCAUUACGUUAAAGAAGAAGAAAAACAUAAGAUAUUAUGUACAGAAAAUAAUUAAAAAAUUUGUAGAUGUGUGUCACAGUGUGAAUGCGUGAAUGUCACAACAUGCAGUCUGCAUCAGUCUCAAAAUUGAAGCUGAACGAUCAGAAAACAAUCUACAUCAAGGUUGAUUGGAAAGAUAAUGAAACCGACCUUUUCCACAUUGUAAUCGUCGACAGCGAUAACAACGCCUGGUCUGGCAGAUAUUCCCACGAAUUUGCAGAGAGGAACAGAAAAAACGUUGAAGAAACCCUUGACCAAUACAAAUACAAUGUGAAGUUGGCGCUUUCGGGGUACUGCCAAAAGUUUCAAUAUGAACUUAAUCAUAAACAUUCAGAAUCUGCUACUUUUGUUUGGAAAAAGCAGUAUGGUGAUAUUGCUUUGCUACAACAUGGAGUUGUACCUGUGCAUCAGGAUGGGAUCUCAUGUAAAAAGCAAAAUCUGAUAGACAUUUUGUUAGCAGAGAAUGCAGAUUUAAAACAAAAAAUCAAUGAAUAUGAAAUGAACAAUGGACUCUUGAAUGAGGAAUUGAAACAUAGCAAAGAGGAGUUAGAGAAAUUUAUCUGUGUAAAAACAUCUUUGGAAAUAUCCCUCUAUAGUAAAUUUAUACAGAUGUUAAAUAGUAAAAAGAGAAGAAUUGAUUUAUUGGAGGAAAACUUUAAUAAAAUUGGAUAGCAUAUAAUUUACGCUACUAUAGUAAUGAUUAAAACAUCCUACAAAAUUUUAUUGUUAUAAGAAACACAAAUGUAUGUUACAGAUGUAGUGAAUAAACAUGAAACAUUGGGAAAUCGUAAAUUAUGAAUAUUUCUAAUGAAUAAUUGACAUCUAUCAUAUUAAAGACAGAUGUAACCUAUUCUCCAUGACGUUUGAAUUGACCUAAGAACAGGUCCUUAUUGCCUUUUCCAUCAAAACAAGGGAAAAAUUAAAAAGGCUGUAUGGUAGAACCUUAGCCUACCCUAAUAGACAAGUGAAAUCUUAAUAUAAAUAAAAAAUAGACUACAUAGUGUGUAGAAAUCUUUGUGGCUCCUGAGUUUUCACAAAAUUCAAUGCUUAUUAAUUACAUCUAUAUGCUGGACAAUUAACAUUUUACUUUUUAGUAACAGAAAAACAGUUAACAUUCAUCAUUGCUAUGUUUAGUAAAACAAAGUAAAGACAACAUAAUUGUAUUCCUGGAAUUGUACAGAUAUUAUCGCAGGAAAUCAA